CAUAGUUCAACACAAAAAAGGAAACCAACACUUUCUCUUCCACCCUCCAUGGAAAAAAAAAUCGAUGAGAGCUUAUGGGUUUUGGCUAUCAUCUCCAAAUGCCAAGCCUUAUCCUCCACAACCACCGUCGUUGCGUUCCUCUGCACGGCCGCAGCUUGGCUAGGCGCGGCCGUCUUCUACUGGGCUUAUUCUCCCGGAGGUCCAGCGUGGGGAAAUAUUCGAUGGAAGAGAAGAAACUCUCGUGAAAAAAAUGAAAUCACUAACUCCAACCCAAUUCCCGGGCCACGUGGAUUUCCAAUCAUAGGAAGCAUGAACCUCAUGACAAACCUAGCUCACCACAAACUCACAAAAGCGGCGGAGGCUUUCGGCGCAAAGAGGCUCAUGGCUUUUAGCAUGGGCGAGACGCGCGCCAUCGUCACAUGCGACCCCGACGUAGCUAAGGAAAUCCUCAACAGCUCCGUCUUCGCCAACCGUCCAAUAAAAGAGUCAGCGUACUGUCUCAUGUUCAACAGAGCAAUCGGGUUCGCUCCUUACGGAAGUUACUGGCGUACUCUCCGCUGCAUCGCCGCCACCCACCUCUUCUGCCCGAAGCAAAUCUCCACUUCCGAGGGUCUCCGUUCCAGGAUUGCUGAUCAAAUGGUGUCCCUUAUCUCGACAAGUUGUAACAACAGCUUCCUUGUCCGCGACGUACUUAGGAAGGCUUCGUUGAACAGCAUGAUGUGCUCAGUUUUGGGACGUAAAUACGAGCUGUGUUCGUCGAAUAAAGAGACCGAGGAGCUGAGUCGACUUGUCGAUGAAGGUUAUGAUAUGUUGGGAAAGUUGAACUGGUCCGAUCACCUUCCUUGGCUUGCCGGCCUGGACCUCCAGGGCAUCCGGCUUAGAUGCAACAAACUCGUUCCUCAAGUGAACGGGCUCGUCAGCCGAAUUAUUCAGGAGCAUAGAGCCCAAACCGGUCCUAGGAACAAUGAUUUUGUCGACGUUCUUCUAUCUCUUGAUGGAGCUGAUAAGUUGUGCGACAAUGAUAUGAUUUCAGUUCUUUGGGAGAUGAUAUUCAGAGGAACAGAUACUAUAGCCGUUUUGAUAGAGUGGAUCCUUGCAAGGAUGGUGAUGCAUCAUAAUAUCCAAUCGAAGGUUCACGAGGAGCUCGAUCGCGUCGUGGGAAAAUCACGAUCGUUGGUCGAAUCCGACAUUCAAUCCCUGCCUUACCUGCAAGCGGUGGUCAAAGAAGUCCUGAGAAUGAAUCCCCCGGGUCCACUUCUAUCUUGGGCCCGCUUGUCCAUCACAGAUACCAUAGUGGAUGGCUAUCAAGUGCCAGCGGGGACCACAGCAAUGGUGAACAUGUGGGCCAUAACCAGGGACCCAGAAGUGUGGCUGGAUCCACUAGACUUUAAGCCAGAGAGAUUUGUGUCCAAUAACAAGGAAGCUGACUUUCAGUUCCCUGUAUUCGGGUCUGACUUGAGGUUGGCACCGUUCGGGUCGGGUAGGAGGAGCUGCCCCGGGAAAGUAUUGGGGUUGACUACAGUAAACUACUGGGUCGGGCUGUUGCUAUAUGAGUUUGAGUGGUUUAAGUCGGAUCCUAAUGCCCCGGUGGACCUGUCCGAAGUGAUGAGGCUUUCAUGCCAAAUGGCUAACCCUCUCACUGUCCAAGUGCAUCGCAGGCGCAACUAAACAAAUUAAAGCAUGCCGGUUACAUCCAGCCGGAAAAACCCUUUGUCCGAGACUCGGAGUGUUCAUCUUUUUGUCCAUAGCCAACCGCCAAAGACGAGAAUUUGGUAGGAUAUACAUGUUUAGAAGUUCUUUGUAAGAAGUACACCUUCAAGUGAAGUCUCGUUUAAUGCAUCAGGUUGUAUAUACUAAUUUCGAUCGUACAAUAUUAGUAUGUGUCAGGCUUGUGAUCCUUACAAUAAAGCAUAAGUUAUAGUACUAGACUAAGACUUAUUAAUUGUAAUGUGUUUAUUUUCGUAAUAGCAAUCAAAUUGUCCUU